AUGAAGGAAGAAUUGAAACGACUCAAAGCAACAACGGACAAUCAAAUCCAAAUGCUGAACAAACAGAAUGAAACCAUGCGAAGCGAGCUCUUACAUACUUCACUCGAGUUAAGCAAAGAGAAAUCUCAACUUGCCUAUGUUGAAAAAGUGGAACACGCCAUGAGAUCCAACGUAGCUUCACUCUCAGAAUCCAAUGAUAAAUUGAUGGAUCAAGUACAUCAACUUCAAACAGAGAAUGAAAAACUAUUUGCAAGUUUGAACCAUUUAAAGUCACAACAUGAGAAUGACUUUAAAAAACUUGAAGAGCAAGUAGAACGAGCAAGAGUAGAAUUGGAAGAGUCAAGAAAGCUUCUCAAGGAUUCCACGUCCAAGGAACAGCAGUUACAAAACGAACUCAAAGAAUGUAAAGACGAAUUGCAACGAGUGAAAAUACAAAACUCCACUCUCGAAAAGGAACGAAAUGCACAACGACAAGAACACAAACGAAUGGAAGAAUUAUGGAGUUCUAAACUCUCUCAAGUCAGUGCUCAUUUAGUUUCGAUCGAGGAAAUUACCAAACGACAAGAAGAAAAAAUUGAAAGUGAACAGCAAGAUUUUAUGAAACGUCUUCAAGAAAAAGACAAUUCUAUUGAUCAAUUGGAGAAAGAAAUUCAGACACUGAAAAAGAAAUCAGCAGCCAUCACUUCCUCAAUGGAAAUGACCUUAUCCGAAGAGUUGCGUCUCCAUAAUCAUCGUCUCGAAAUGAAAAUUAACACUCUAGAAAAGGAUCUUGCAAGUUUUGUGAAUGAGGCAACAGAAAGUGCCAAACAAAUGCGAGUAUUGAAGGAAGAGAAAGCAACUCUGAAUGCUGUGCUUUCUCAGGUUAAAAUUCAACUCGCGACAUGUCAGAGUGAUAAAGAGGGGAUGCGAUUAGCUCUUACGAAGAGAAUUGAUGAAUAUGAAAAGACAAUCAAAGAGCUACAUGAUCAAUUAGCAAUUAAUAUUGAAUAUUUACAUUCGAGUAAGAGUGCUUUACAAGAGAUUCAAAAUCAAAAUUCAUUGAUUGUUGAAUUAAGGAAACAGAUAGAAGAAAAAUCGAUAGAAAUUGCCAAAUUGGAACAUCAUAAUGUAUUUAUUGAAAGAAAGUAUGAAGAGCAAGUGAAGUCUUUGGAAAAGAAAUUUAUUGAAAUUACACAUGAACUUGUGGAAUUGAAAAAACAAAAUCAUGAGAAAGUUGUACCUGUUGCUGACGACCUUCAAUCACUGCAACAAGCUCUCUAUCAAGCACAAAUCAAGCUCAAACAAGCAGAGGCUCUUGGGCACGAUUUGGAAGUCAGCCAAAACGAGAAUCAGCAUUUAGCAAAACUCUAUGCAAAGGAAAAGAAUAAGGUAUUAGUUCUUGAAAAAGAAGUGGAAAAGUUGAAGCAUAGUGUACCUGAGAACAAAGAGCAAGUGUAA